AUUACAUCCUACAAAUACCCACCCACAUCAUCUCUCCCAUCCUUACCUUCCAAUCUUUAUGGCCAAACCGGUUGUUGUUGUUGUUUUUCUCGGGAUUCUAAGUCUUUUGUUGUUGAUCCAGGAUAGUGGUGCAUAUGAGUUCAUGGUUGGAGGUACCGGUGAUUGGAGUCUUACAUCCACCUUCUAUAACCAAUGGGCCCAACAAAGCCGUUUUCAAAUUGGUGACACCGUUUUGUUCAAUUACGAGGCGGGAAAGGACUCGGUGGUUCAAGUGACAAAAGACGACUACAACAACUGCAACCCAGCAUCACCCAUUGCCAUGUAUAGCGAUGGUCACUCCCUGGUCAAGUUCCGACAAUCUGGCCCUCAUUAUUUCAUAAGUGGACUCGUAGAAAACUGUAAAAACAACCAAAAGAUUGUCAUGGUUGUGAUGGCAGAUCGAACCAAUCGCUCGUCUCCUCCAGCUCCAGCUCCAGAAGGCCAAGAGUCUCCAUCUCCUCCUCUGGCUCCGCCAACAGAAGAUUAUAACCCGAAUGCUGCAAUUUCAACUGUCACAAGCUUCAUUUACUCUGUUGUUACGCUUGUUGGCUCUUCACUUGUCUUUGUCUUUUGAGUUGGUGAUCAAAAGUUAUCAAUCUAUUUGUUUGGAAUAAGAUUGGAAUUAUGAUAUAAUAGAAGAUGGGUGAGAGAUGUAAUUCCAAAAUUUUCUAAACAAAUAUAUAUGGUUUGGAU